AAGUAUCCCGGCGAUGUAGCUCCCCUGAGUCACGGUGACCAACCCCUUAUCCAAGAUGGCGCUGGCCAGUCUGUUGGAGCCUCAGCUGUCUGUGAACAAGGCCGGAUUCUUCGGCUUGGGGGCCGGCACCGAGUUUCGGACCCCCGACCUCGGGCCUUGCGGCGAAGGGAGGAACUUGGCGGAGUUGCCGCUGGCUUUGGCCGCCCCUUCCUCCAGCCUGAGCCAAGGAGCCAACGCGCAAGAUGUGAACAUCGAGCUGUUGCAUGGGACCACCACGCUGGCCUUCAAAUUUCAACAUGGCGUGAUUGUCGCAGUGGAUUCACGGGCAACAGCAGGUGUCUACAUUGCUUCACAAACAGUCAAGAAGGUCAUUGAAAUCAACCCUUACCUGUUGGGGACCAUGGCUGGCGGUGCAGCCGACUGCAGCUUCUGGGAGCGGCUUCUGGCCAGGCAAUGCCGCAUCUAUGAACUCCGCAACAAGGAGCGGAUCUCGGUAGCAGCCGCCUCCAAGCUCUUGGCCAACAUGGUGUAUCAGUAUAAAGGAAUGGGUCUCUCCAUGGGCACCAUGAUCUGUGGCUGGGACAAGCGAGGGCCAGGCCUGUACUAUGUUGACAGCGAAGGGAACCGUAUCUCAGGCACAGUUUUCUCAGUGGGCUCUGGCUCGGUCUAUGCCUAUGGAGUGAUGGACCGUGGCUACUCUCACAAUCUCUCAGUGGAAGAAGCCUAUGAUCUGGCCCGCCGUGCCAUCUACCAAGCAACCUACCGCGAUGCCUACUCCGGAGGCACCGUUAACCUCUACCAUGUGCGCCAGGAUGGCUGGAUUCGUGUCUCCAGUGACGACGUGUCCAAACUCCAUGAAUUGUUCCGUGACAAAGCCUCAGGAACAGUGGCUUGAAAUUGUGGACGCUGGGGGAAGGGUAGCAUUGAACUUGGGUCUAUAUUUGCUAUAGAGAGAAAUGGGAUUGUAGAACCAUAAGGCACAUGGGGAAUGUUUGGCCAAAAUGCUGGAAGAAAGCUGCAACCCACAGAUUAGCCAUUGCAAAGGGGGAAGAUAAUUGUUUUGUGCUUGUGACCCAUGAUCCAUGUAAUAAAAGUGUUUUGCUUCUAAAUUAAACCUCUACUGUCCAAACA